AUGCUUGUGAAGCAAGUCGGCGAUCUACUCGUGCUCUCGGCGCUCCUUCUCCCGUUCGUGGUCCCUUUACCGGUCGUCCCAAGGCCCUCUUCUGAUCAACCAUCAAAUGCAAUUCGAAUUCGCCGCGAAGUUCUACCCGAAAAUUCGGACUCUGAAGAAGCUGUAGAUACACAAUCGGAUCGAGUUCAGAUUAUUGAAUACCUCCUUCGGUAUGGUUACCUAUUAACGAGGAGUCCAACCGAUGACCAAUUGGAAACAGCGGUUUCUGAAUUGCAAGAAGUUCUCGGAAUCACUGUGACUGGCUUCGUUGAUGAGGCGACAAUCUCGGCGACUCGCGCUCCACGAUGUGCCGCUAAAGAUGUCGCUCAUCAUAAACGACCACGGCGUUUUGUGCUUGCUCAAUCAUCCCGAUGGGCACCCGAACAUUUCAAAGGAGAUCAUGAAUUACAAUUGAAAUGGUUCAUCAGCAAAUAUACAGAGGAUAUUCCAAAACGUGUUAUCAGAUCCCAAGUGCAAAAAGGCUUCGAACUUUGGUCAAAGCAAAUAGUCAUCAACUCGUUGCCACAAAUGUCAAUCACAUUUGAAGAAGCCACUUCUGAGGACAAGGCUGAUAUUACACUUACGUGGGUCGAGGCAGAACAUGGAGACACUUUUCCAUUUGAUGGAUCGGGUGGUACAAAUAAUAUUCUUGCACACACAUUCUUUCCUGAUUACAAUGUGCAGUCGAGACUCAACGGGGACAUUCAUUUUGAUGAUGCCGAAAAAUGGGAUAUGGAACCUGAAAGCGCUGUGUUCUUUCCAUAUGUGUUGGCUCAUGAGAUUGGUCAUGCUCUUGGUCUGCAACACUCGAAAAGAGAAAGUGCUGUGAUGCAUCCUGUUUACAAAAGUACUCCAUUGAGUGAGCUUCAGCUCGAUAUUGAUGACAAAUGUGGAAUAAAUUGGAACUACGUUGGACCGUCGCAUUUUUGUCUCUUCGUUUGGCUGAUGGCUGAAAUCGUUCCUUUAAAUGUCUCUCACGGCAGCACUAUGAUCCCUAUUGACCGUUUGGGACAUGGAAGCCAAGCACAAAUCAAAGGAGCGUUGAAGAAUGUCCGGAUUCCAAGAUGUCAAACGUCGAACGGCGUGCAAGCUCUAACAGCACAGCGACUCGUCAAGAAUUUGCAAUUCACCACCAAUGAAGCUGAAAAAUAUAGCACGAUUGCGUGCAAUUUCCUUGCCGGUCUUCAUGUGUACAGAGGACGAUCAAAUACGACACUUGAUGACUCAAUCGAAACCGAAUUCUCAGCCGUUCAUGAGUUUGCGUCCGAUAAUACGAAAGUGCGGAGACUUGUGCGACGAGCUGAGCGAAAAGAGCGCCGAGGGAUCCACACUGUGCUCAGUCCUGAACAUUUCACAAACCACUUCUACGACAAAUUUUUUGCUGAAUAUCUGGCAUUUAAACGGCGA